CAUGGAAACAGUAAAACAGUCUUUUUCUGGAUUUUGGUCCGCACGUUAUCUUCUUUUCCCCUUCUUUUUUUCUGAAUAAAAAUCUUUUUUUAUUCGUUAUCAUAAGAAGUCCUACAGACAGUGGAAAAGAUUUUACUCGUGUAUUGGAAUUGACUCUCGGGAGAUCAAUUGGAUUUUGCCCAUUCAGCUAAUUAAUCAGGAGUGUUGAAUAAAAUGCGGGCGAUUUUGCGAUCGGUAAGACAAUUUAGGAAUGCUUGUUUUGUGGCUCAACGGAAUGGUCGGAUUGAUUCUAGAAGCCGGUCACUGUACAAACUCCCUAGUUCUAGUAUUGCUGAUAUUAGUAUCUGCAAGAAUCCAUCUUCUUUGAUACUCAGAUAUAUGAUAACUAAUGCUGCUGGAGUUGCAAGUAAAGAAGGGAACAGAGGAGGGCCUCUUGUAGAAUACGAAAGAAGAAUUGCCUCUGGUGACCUUUUUGAUGGGGAUGCUUGCCAGGUAGGCACAUUGCAAGAACUUCAGAGACUCUACGAUGAACUGAAUGAGAAAGCUGUAGAUUGCCGGUUGGACCGAUAUGCUGCUUCUGACAAAGCUGGAAGGAGUAGAUGGUUGUGGUCUCGCUUUAUUCCACAGUCGAGUUAUGCACCCGUGAAAGGGUUGUACCUCUAUGGAGGAGUUGGAACCGGGAAGACUAUGCUAAUGGACUUGUUUUUUGAUCGGUUGCCUUGCCAAUGGAGAAAGAAGAGAACUCAUUUUCACGACUUCAUGUUGAACGUCCACAGUAGAUUGCAAAAGCACAAAGGUGUGGCUGAUCCCCUUGAAGUUGUUGCUGGGGAGAUCUGCGAUGAAGCGAUCCUGUUAUGUCUUGAUGAAUUUAUGGUGACUGAUGUUGCUGAUGCAUUGAUUCUGAACCGAUUAUUUGGUCAUUUGUUUAGUAAUGGAGCUAUUCUUGUUUCUACUUCAAAUCGUGCUCCGGAUAAUCUUUAUGAAGGUGGAUUGCAGAGGGAUCUUUUCCUGCCAUUUAUUGCUACUUUAAAGGUGGCCAGCCACUUUUCAGUGAUUUGUUUUUUGCCCAUUUUCCAAGCAACAGAAAACUCGCGUUUGGAGGUCAAUUGUUUUGAUAUUUCAUUAUUUUUUUCGAAGUUGUUUCUAAUUGGCUCAUGUAGGAAAAAUGUGUAGCACAUGAAAUUGGUUCAUCGGUGGAUUAUCGCAAAAUGACUUCGGUAAAUUUUAGAUUUGGAGUUAUUAU